CAGCGCUCAGAUGUGAGACGACGUCGAAUGCAAUCGGAAGUGAUACGCCAGAACGCGCGCGCGAUUUUUUUUGUGUUGCCGGAAAGAUUUUUGCACUACAGAGCAGAAGUUGCAGCCUUGAAGGGUUCCAUCUUUUACGGUUGCCUUGUUCUUCAAUUUGUAAUUAAAUGUCGCGUUAUCGUCGUCGCGAGUAGCGUUUGAGAUUGUGCUUCGUGGGAAAACUAUUGUUCUGAACCUUGUUCUAGUGGUGGAAAGUUGAUUGGGAGGAGAAUGAAAAUGGAAGUGAUGUGCUAAGAGGAAAUGUGUGGAAAUUGAUUGAAAACAGUUCUUAACAGUGAAUGCGAAAAAGGCAGUUUUUAUGUGUUUUACAACUUUGGUGCCGAAAAAUGCUCAAUGCAGCAUUCUUACUUUGAGCGGAGAAAAGUGUUAUAUCAGUGUAUUGGUGCCCAGUGAAUAAAAAAGUGUGUGGGACGUGCAUAACUCGUGCACUUCACCUCUAGACGAACGAUGUACAUCGCGCUUCGUUUCUUUAUUUGUACCUUAACCUGAUUUGCCUCAAUACCGGAACAGAGUAGGCGACGAACGCCGUCAUCAGUCGCUUCCAAGUUUGAAUCGUACAACAAACAGAUCACGAAACUGGCCAUCUGCGUUCCGCGGCCUACUUGGUCAACUUAGUCAGCGUCAGUUUUGGAGUUUACCGGUAUUGUAAACACGGUUUCUUUUCAACAAUUUGCGGAAAAACAAAAAUAUACGCCCGCGUAGGAUGAUGAAGCGGAUGAUGUCAUAAAUUUAAAUUCAAAAAUUUGCUCAACUGCACGGAGUGGUAAACGCAGAACCACCAACAAGGUCCAGUUAAUUAACACACCGAACAAACCGGCGUUGUGUAAAACGAUUGCCUCUAAUUGGAAGCAACAACGUCGCGUAACCAGCAUUCUUCUGCAACAAACGGAGUAUGGAAAUAAUGUUGUCAGUACACAAGAGAAGAAAACAAGAGUAGUUUUCUUCAAAAGAAGUGUACCCAAACUAGAGUGAUUUAUGAACGUUUUUUUGAUAUCCUCAUGUAUUAGUGUAAUUUUAUGGUUCUCUGCUUUGGUAUCGUUUUCGACACUUGAGCCUUCGCUCCGGCAUAUAAAAUACCCAAGCCAAAUACGAUCGUUUUUGUAUGUAGUGGUUGUAAACAAGAAUUCAAUGUUUGUGUAUUCCAUCAAUGUGUAUUCAAAAGGUUUUACACCUUGUUUGUGUGUGAAUCUAAAUCGUUAAAGUAAAAAACAAGAUCCAGAUCAAAGUGGGUUGGAGUCAAAACAAACAAAGUCUGAACAUUUAGACCAUUAUCUCAAUCGUGAGCCGUUAAACCGAUUGCUACGAUUGAAAACAACAAACCCACCGAGGAACUUUGCACAAAACAGUGCAAAAUGGCUGCCGCCUUCAUAAAGGCCCAAUUUAUCACUGUCAUCGGUAUCGUGCUCAUAUCGUUAUUCAACUGUAGGAUGAUUUAAGCAUCACCGGAGAGACUCUGGGAGGAAGAUUGUACAUCCGAAAUAGCAGCAGCGAAAUUUAAUCCAUCGCAUCGUCAGCCGUUUUGUGCGAACACAACUUCCGGACAUUGAGCCAUACACGUUUUAUUACUGUUAGAAAUAAAAACCGAGUCACAAAAGACGCUUGGACGUCAGCUGCGCGGUGUGUUCGCUGGAAGCGACAAACAUAAACAAAAUUGCGACCGAACGCGGGAGGUCCGCGAGGAAAUAAAACACCACCGCCGCCGCAAAAACUCCACCGAAACCCUUUCCGUUCCGCAACCGGUGCAUUGGCAGCCAGCAGCUAUCUGGAAAUAUUAUUCGUUGUCCAAGAUUUGCAAAGCACCCUGGCGCUGCUAAGCUAUGGACGAUGAAAUCCUGAAGACAGUAGAGUCCAUGCUCGGCACCAACAUUCAGGUGGUAGAUUGCGAGAAAACCCAAACAAUCAGAGAAGAGGAAGUGCUACUGAUCAAUGGAGUGCCGGUCACAUUGGAAGGAACCGAUGGUAAUGCCAUCAAAAAAGCGCUCAUCGCCGGAGAAAUUCCAUCCUGUGAAAUGCUCAAUCAGUUGCUCUUCAGAGCCGGCGUACUUCGACAACCCGUACAGUUGGAAACAUCUCUCAGUGUCAAAACUAGCACGGUCACAACUGAAGAUAUAACCAUUGCACGAAAUGGACGGAUACUGGACGAGCGAUCUUGCGAGACCAAGGAAAAUAAUUACUAUACCAGCACGUCCAACGAAAUAUGGGAACCAGUCAGCCGGCUCAAAAAGAAGAAACAGGAUAUCAUUGACACCAGCACGGUGGACAACAUGCUUUCGAAUCAACUUAAAAACGAACUGUACUUAGUGGCAAAUGACUCUUCCUGUGAAAACGUUCCUUCCCACCCCGUUGGGCGUCAAAACUCAAUCUGCACAGAAUCUUCCACGUCGUCAUCAACCGAAUCUAAUUAUUCGUCUUCGCGACCGGUCAGCAACGUUUCAACAACGUCCUAUGAUAACUUUGUCUGCCAGAUGACGCCUUCGCAUCCGCGGACAGCGGCUGAUCUGAGCAAAUCGUCCACCAAAAUCUCGCCACACAAACAAAGUAUUAGCUGUGAUUCCGGAAACGACGAGGUUACGCUCACCUCGGUCUACAGCAGCGGCAUCGGUGGCCACGAGUAUUAUCCCUUCAACGACAUCUCCAAAACCAACACCACCAACUCGAUGCAGACGGAUUCGUCCUUCGGGUGUGAAUUCUCCCCACCUCCAUCAUUCCACGACGAGCCCGACUUUGCCGUCAUUCCGCAGCAUACGACCUCUCCGGUUCCACAGAAGCGACGAAAUCGCACUCUGCUCCGGGCCAGACCUCAGAGGCAUUUGGUGAAAAAUAAUGACGGCAUUGCGAAUAAUACAGAUGAUCCCAGCCUCAAUGAUGACAAUUGUUUGGUCUACAGAGAUGGAAAUCUGAUUUCCGGUACGCUGGAAACACUCAUCAAGCAUAUGGUGCCAACGGACGAGUACUACCCGGACCAGUCAUACCUUUUUGCUUUCCUGCUCAGCGCACGACUGUUCAUCAAACCGCACGAGCUUCUGCAGCAAGCAUGUGAUAUCUGCCAUCAGCAGCAGCAGCUGAACGUUCAUCUCAACAACAAUAACAACACCAUCGCAAAUCAGCAAAAAAUCCAAAGUCUGAGCCGGUUUGCAUGUAAUUUUGUCCAGCUAUUGUCCGAAUGGAUAGAAACAUUCCCUUAUGAUUUCCGUGACGAACGGGUAAUGCAACACGUGCGCACAAUGACGCAAAAGUGCAUCAGCAUUGACGGGAAGCUCCGAACGAGGGUUUCCCCUCUGUUGCAGAAUCUUUUGCAGAGGCUCAAAACACUCGAGAAAUACGAAGAAUUUCUGGAUAAACUCAACCUAGAAACUAGCAAGGAAUGUGAAUUGAAGCACGCUGGACAACAACGAAGCGACUCGCGUAGUAGUAGCAAUAGUUUUCAUCAAUCGACGGAAAAGUCAUCCUCCUCCAUACACCAUCAAACGUCAUCGUCUACGUCAUCAGUCAACAGUAUUUCUUCGAUAAGUUCGACACUUUCAACACCGGAUAUUACAGAUUUAUGUCCUAGUCCAUCAGUAUUAGCGCACCAGUUGACUCAUAUUGAGCUCGAACGAUUGUCCUACAUAGGACCGGAAGAAUUCGUACAAGCAUUUGCCAAAGAAAAUCCAAAUGUCGACACGUCGAUCAAGGACAUGAAGAAGACGCGCAAUCUCGAGUCCUAUGUGCAGUGGUUCAAUCGACUGUCGUACAUUGUGGCCACCGAAAUCUGCAAGCACUCUAAGAAAAAGCAACGUGCCAGAGUAAUUGAGUAUUGGAUCGAAACGGCCCGGGAGUCGUUUAACAUUGGGAACUUCAAUACGUUGAUGGCUAUCAUUGCGGGGCUUAAUUUAUCGCCAAUUUCGCGAUUGAAGAAAACGUGGGCAAAGAUCCAAUCUGCCAAAUUCUCCAUACUGGAGCAUCAAAUGGACCCAACGAGCAAUUUCAGCAGCUACAGAUCGACGCUUAAGGCAGCUAUGUGGCGAUCAGAAGGUGCUACCGACGAGCGGCAGCGAAUUGUCAUUCCAUUCUUCAGUCUACUAGUCAAGGAUUUAUAUUUCCUAAACGAAGGAUGUACAAACAAAUUACCGAACGGCCAUAUCAAUUUUGAAAAAUUCUGGCAGUUAGCCAAACAGGUCAACGAAUUCAUCGGCUGGAAACAGGUCACGUGUCCUUACGAGAAAAACAACAAGAUCGUCAUGUUCCUGCAGACCAACAGUAUUUUGAAUGAGAACACAUUGGCAAUGGCAUCAUUCGAUUGUGAACCACCGGAAAACAGCAGCGAGAAAGAUCGCUACAAAACACUAAAACACGAGCACUUUAAUAACUAAUAAUUUUCGCCAGGUGUCUCUAUUUCAGUUUCGCACAACUUUUACACAUUCUACUGUAGCAAAACUGUUAAUUUCCAACAGAUCUACUUACACAAAAUAUUAUAAAUCUACAUUCAAACAUCCACACACAAAGAGAAUGGAAUCUCAAAUUUGACACUGCAUUUAUUGAUAAAAGAUUUUUAGAUAUUUUAUACAAUACGAGGAAUCUUUUUUGUAGCCAUUAGUAUUCUCCUCUAGAUAGACGAGACAUGUCUUCAUCUGGACAUGCAAUAUCGAUAAAUCGACAUAACAAACAUAACACAAAGCUCUAAACAACAGCCAGAAUAUUAAUUCAGUAAUCAACUGCGGUACGGGGUAGCGUACAUAGCACUAAAACAAAAUAUGAAAAAAAAACUGUGCGAUCAUAACUAUAAUUUUUAGUUUCGUUUCACCCAGUGAAAAUGUGCAGCAAGCUUUCCAAGCGUAUUUCAGAAAUAUGAAGAAAGGCUGAAUGAACUUUAUGUAUGUUGCAGCAGCAAACCAUUGUGAUUAGUUUUGUUUGUUUAUUACAACGCUCGCUAGGCACUUAAGUAUUUAUUUUGUUAUUGUUUUCAAUCAUUUUUUGAAGAUUUUAUUUCACCUUGUUUUAUCCGGUCUGAUGUGAAUUGUAUAGUUUAUUUUUACUGUGUAAGCGUCUCAUCAAUGUUCUCUGUAUAGGUAUAGUUUUAGGUUGAGGAGUAUUAAUUUAGUGUGUAAAAAUACGCGAAAACAGUCUCUAGCAUUGUACGCCAGAUGACACCAACAUGACACAAAUAUAGGUCUCUUUGACAAACAAAAA